AUGGCUUCCGCUACUACAACCACAAUAAUCCAAUUAAAUGCCCCAACACACUUCCCAAUUAAACUCACAACCGUGAAUUUCCCAGUGUGGCGGCGUCAAAUUCAUGCCACACUUGUUGGGUUUAAUCUCUUUGGCUAUGCUGAUGGUACAACCAAGGAACCAGCCAAAUUCACUUGUCCUGCUCAAACUUCUAUCAACCCGGCUCAUUUAGCUUGGUAUCGUCAAGACCAAGUUAUUGUCAGUGCUCUACUUGGGAGCUGCGAGGAUUACAGUUCCAUCAUAUCGGCCAUCCGCAUUCGUGAGAAGCCUCUUUCUUUUGGCGAGUUGGCAGAUGUGCUGACUGACCAUGAACGCCAAUUGAUAGACGCAGAUGCUUUGCGUCAGUCCUUUAAUACUACUAAUGUUACUCAACGCACCUUAUCACCUCCGCGGCGCAACCACCAGUCCAACACUAACCGGAGGGCCCGCAACAAUAACAAUCAUUAUGGCUCCAAUCGGCAACAAGGGGAACACAAUAGCUCAGGUAUCGUCUUUCAUCACAUGGCUGAGAAUUCUCAGUAUUCUCCCAUGGAUGAAACUCUAUCAAUUUCAACCACCACCACCACUUCCGCCACUCACAUCGAUAUAGAAAAUCCAUAUUACCUUCAUUCUUCCGAUGGCACAAGAACCUCCCUCUUCGGCAUACUUCUCGUAUGCACUGACGAUGACGAUGGCUUUAAGAGGCAAAAAUAA